CGCUCUGUUCUUCAUUGUAAGGUAUUAGAUAGUAAUUCUGGUUUCUCUGUCUCUGACUUUGAAAUGCUGUCUCCUGUGGUUUCUUUUAGGUGGUUUAUGCUGCACUUGGCAUCCUUGUUGCUGACUGAGAAACAGAAAGUAUCUUUUGAUCAAGAGAACUCGACGUUCACGAGGCGGUUUUCAAAAGAACAAAACCUUUUGUCUGAAAUCUUUUUCUCAAACGUUUCUCUACACUGCAAUAAUCAGCUACAGAGGUCAUCUACAAACUGAAGAUGAGUCUCACAGAUGAAAUCACCACCCAUGGAGACCCAUUGUUAAAGGGAACAAAUAUAGAAGACCUCAUUAAAAAGAACAAGCCUUUGUGUGAGCUUGUUCAGCAGUGUGGAGGUAUAUAUCACGUAUUUAACAAUAAAAACCUGGGGAGCAGAGACCAGGUCAGUGUGCUACUGCAAAAAAUAGACAGAAUGAUGGAGAACAAAGGAGGAAUCUAUGACUCCAGACAGGAGGAGGAGAAAGGAGGAGAAAGCAGGAUAAGAAGAAAAGAAGAUGAACAAAAACAGAAAGAGGAAGAACAAAGAUACAACAAAGAUACUGAUACUGCUGCUGGUGCUGCUUUUGGUUCUUCUAUUGGUGCUGCUGGUUAUGCUGCUACUUGUGCUGCUGGUGGCGCUGCUGGUGGUGCUGCUAAUGGUGGUGCUGCUAGUGAUGCUGCUAAUAGUGCUGCUGGUGGUGCUGCAAGUGGUGCUGCUACUGGUGGUGCUGCUACUGAUGCUGCAGGUGGUGCUGCAAGUGGUGCUGUUAGUGGGGCUGCAAGUAGUGCUGCUAGUGGUGCUGCUGGUGGUGCUGCAAGUGGUGCUGCUAGUGGUGCUGCAGGUGGUGCUGCUGGUGGUGCUGCAAGUGGUGGUGGUGCUGCAGGUGGUGGUGGUGCUGGUGCUGCAAUUGGUGCUGCAAUUGGUGCUGCUGCUGGUGCUGCAAUUGGUGCUGCUACUGGUGCUGCAAUUGGUGCUGCUGCUGGUGCUGCAAGUGGUGCUGCUACUGGUGCUGCAAGUGGUGCUGCUGGUGGUGCUGCAAGUGGUGCUGCAAGUGGUGCUGCAAGUGGUGCUGCUGGUGGUGCUGCAAGUGGUGCUGCAAGUGGUGCUGCUGGUGCUGCUGCUGGUGGUACUGCAAGUGGUGCUGCAGGUGGUGCUGCUGGUGGUACUGCAAGUGGUGCUGCUGGUGGUACUGCAAGUGGUGCUGCAAGUGGUGCUGCAGGUGGUGCUGCUGGUGGUACUGCAAGUGGUGCUGCUGGUGGUGCUGCUGGUGGUACUGCAAGUGGUGCUGCUGGUGGUGCUGUUGGUGCUUUUACUUGUCUUGCUUUUACUUAUGCUAUAUUUCUUACUGUAGCUGUUACAAUUUGGAGAUUUAUAAAGAAGUACUGGAUAUAUAUUCUCAUAAUUGUUGGUGCAGUUGUUGGUGCAGUUGCUGGCUGGGCAGUUGGCAGUUUGCUGGGAUAUGACACACUUGGUAAAGUUCUGUGUACAUUGGGUGGUGUUACUGCUGGUGUUGGUUAUCUGAUCGAUUCUAAAAAAAAUAGUACAUGACCUGAAGUUAUGGAAGAGUUCAUACUGUCACUGUUAAAAGUGUAUCCUACACUUUCUUAAUUAACAUUGAGCACUUAUUUAGGCAGUUGCUAAUUAAAAUGAACAAUUGAAGUUUAUUUCAUAUCAUAUAUGUCUUUGCUUAUUUUUGUUGCUUACAUUGUAUAUGUCAUCUCAUUUAUUAUUCAAGUGUCAUUUAUUAUUCAGAGUUCACAUACAUGUAUUUUAUAUUUUUCUCUAAAGAUCCUACAAACCCUGGUUAAUUUACCAUUUACCUGUAAAGUAGUUCAUACAGUCAUGCUUAC